AUGGGGUUUACCCCCAGUAGUAGUUCUCGGUGUGAGGUCAGUUCUAUACAACUGACAAAGAGCAGUAAUGAUGUUGAACAGCAAGGUCUGCAUCUGUACACUGGGAAAACAGCAGCAGAAUCUGCAAUUGCAUCUGUAUCGGCUGCAUCUGUGCCACCAUGGUCGUCAGCGGGAGCAGCAAUAACAGCUAAAACAGAUAGGCACACACUUAACGUCUUCUGUUCCAAACUCUGUGGCGAAGCAUUCGCUGUGUGUGGCCCAAUGGGCGGAGCUUAG